AUGGCCAUGGUCGAAUCGAUCCUGCGAUCACUUCGAUCUCGUCGCCGUCGGCCAUCAAGUGUUGUCGUAAAACAAGUCAAGGAGGCAAACUCAGUGAACGUUGCAAUAGAGAACGAAUUGGCGCUUUUGAAUAAGCUGCACGAUCGAUCCAAUUCUCCGUUGAUCACUAUGAGCCGUUUGGUACCAAACGAUCGUUCCAAAUCGCCUCGAAAAUCGAAAGAUGAUAGUAAAUCUUCUCGAAAACCCUUACGAGACGUUAACCAACAGCAGCCGAUGGAGAAGAAAGCUUCGAAAAAGAACAAAGGUGAAGAUGUUUUAGUUCUUCGAUUAAAACAUAUUGUUGUUUGUUUAGGCCGCAACCUCCUGAACAAGAAGGAAGGCGGACCACCUUCGACCAUAAAGGAGUCCAGUGAAUCGUCGCAAACGCUCGACGACAACGAAUCCGACAAAGGCGGCGGCCAGCUGAAACACGAGAACACGGUGGUGCGCGCGGACGGAACAGCAGCGAAAUCGGUGCCGUCAUAUCGUUAUCAAGGCUAUCUCAUAACGCAAUUUGCAUAG